GUCUAGCUAAGUGAGAUAACAUGCCAGGCGGUUCCGUUACAUUUUUGGACAUUUGUGGGCUGAACGCACCUAGCACAGGAUUGGACAGUAGUGCAAUGACCUCACUUCUUUUUACUCCGUAACGUGCUUCUGAUUGGCCCUUUUUGUAGACAUCCCGGAUGUUGAUUGUAGUUCGUCCUGUUCCAAUUCCUGAACUGCGACUAUGGCGGAGGUCAGGCGAAGAGUUAGCAGAGAAGCUGGUAGAUUCGUAGCACUGGCAAAGGGAUCUAAUCGGGCAUCAUUCAGGAUUAAUGGUAAACUGUCAGUAGGAGCGGUCCCGGAGGGUGCCUUGCUUAACGGAACGAGGAAAGCAAGUACCGUUAAUGUAGCCCAGCUCGACGACAGCGAACUGACUAGAGGCGGCUGCCGAAAAUGGCAGCUGUCUCAGCCUGACAGGGUCACUAGCGAAAGUUUUAUGGACAGUAGAAACUGUACGGAACAUGUGAAACUGAGCCUCCCGGUAGAGGAAAAAUGCACCGGUCUGUCUAAGCCAGAGGACAACGCCGUUUCGUUAAAGAGAGGACUUUCUCAAACUUCGGAUACGAUGGACACGAUGUCAUUGGAGGUUAGCGCUAAGAACCUUGGACAAUUUACGCACAACAUUCAGGAGAUGACUGACUGUCAGAUUGGAGACGUGGACUGUAAGGGUGAUUUACAUGACUGGUUUGGCACUGAGGAUCUAUCAAUGGGUGAAUCGAAAUGGCCUGAAGACUGCCGUCACCUGCUGUCCGACAUUUGCGCACAGAAACAGGUUCACAAGAUCAUAUCCCUGAAGAAAAACGCCUUUUUGACAUGUGUCACCAACUUGACGAAUCAACAGCAGCAGAGAGGGUUCUAUACUCUAUUAAACCAGACUGCAGUGCAGUGGAAUUUCUUUGUGCAAGCUGGAUAUUCCGGGGCAAUGUCAUUCGCCAGAGCUUACGGCUGGCGCGGACAGAAUGGCAGUUCAGCGGCACCUCCACUCUACAGAAGCAGGACUGCUUAUUACGAUAUCCUCCAGGUGUCCCCGAACGCCACGCAAGCUCAGAUUAAAACGGCGUACUACAAACAGUCCUUCAUGUACCACCCGGAUAGGAACUCGGGGAGCGAGGAGGCGACGCUGCGCUUCUCCGAAAUCAGCGAGGCUUACACCGUCUUGGGUAGCAUCGCUCUGAGGAGGAAGUAUGACCGCGGCAUCUUGAGUCAGUCUGAUGUUCAAGAUGCCGGCAAACCCUCCUCCAGAGAACCGCGGAGCUCUAGCCCCGCGGGGCAGCAGCAGCAGAAGCCUCGAUACACCCACACCAACGCUAUGGGUGACAAAAAGAUGUUCGAUUUUGACGCCUUUUACCGUGCGCACUACGGCGAACAGCUGCAGCGGGAAAGAGAACUUCGCGCGCUGAAGGAGAAACUACGAGAAGAACAGCAGAAGGAGAAAGAGAAGUGGAAGUCAGACAAAAUGACAGAGCUUUCUGUGCUGAUGAUAAUGGCAUUGGCAUUCUGUAUUUUUGCCAGAAUGUAGUCUGGAGAUUAAUUUACCGGAACCCGGGGGGUUUCAGCGAGGAUACAGAGACAUGGCUCUGAGAAAUGUGAUCUGACCCAGGGGUUCCACGAUAAAAAAAACGUGCCUUAUAUGGGCAUUGGCACAGGCAAGGGUUAUGGCACAUACUGUGUUCCUCGUCUAUUGUAGCGUCAUAUACAUGUAGCUAUUUGAUAGAGAGUACCUCUAAGGAGACUAGUGUAGUGGAACUUGAGUGCUUUUAUCGUGGAGUUUCCCUGGGUCCAGAGAUGGUAUCUGCAUGGUACAAUCAGGAAGUAUUUCUGCUGUCGAGCAAAUUACCUCUGAAGAAAAACACAAGGCUUGGAUCCACAGUGAACAAAAGGAACAUUAGAUCAGUGGACCUGCCAAUUCCACAGAUUCAUCUCAGAUUUUUAGCAUUUGAAUGGGUUGCUUUGGUCAAACUUUCUGAAAUAUUUUCAAAAAUAUGCAUGCUGUACUGAAGCUCAGAGUCUUUGACUCUUGGUCAGUAUGGCAAUUUUGUGUAUGUCGUAAUGUGAGUCGAAAGUCUUCCUCAAACUUUCACUCAUAAAUGCUGAGAGCGAACAUUACGGUGUAUCAAACACAGAUAGCACACUGUAUAGCUCACUACAGAAGCUCCAGAGAUCUCACAUGAACCAUACUUCAUCUGACGUUGCAACAGAUCUCGUGUAUCACUGAGCCAUACCAUCAGCAACAGUGGUGCAUAACGACUGACAGCUGGAGCCUGGAAGCACUGAUUUAAGAGCCUUAAAGGAGAAAUGCUUUAACUGAUCGCAGGUCAGGCUUUGUGGACACUUUCCACUCAGCGAGGUGAAAUUACUGGCUAAGUGAAUCUUUUCAGGAAAACUGAAGCAAAGCGAUGUUUAAUAAACAUCUAUUCUGCUCAA